CUUAGUGUCACAGCGUUCCGUCCUCCUCUCCCCAACCCCAACCUCCUCCCAAGUACAAUCUGCCUGUCAACCACACUUACAAUUGUGGAAUUUCUCCGUGGAAGCAUUGUAUCUCUCAUUUCCUCAUUCCCCACCCCCAUUCUACCACUUUCAAGUCGCCUAUCGCAUUCCCGCUGGCGGUAGCUACAAUGGCCGACCCAUCGGCAUCUCAGUCGCAACACCUCUCCUCCUCCACAACAACAUCAACAACAUCACCACGUUCGCCGUCCAAACUCUGCUCCAAGACCUACAAAAAAGCAUCUCAACUUUUUCUCACACGACGGCUCCAAGAAGCGCUCGCCGCGUUGGAACCCGCCAUCACCUCUCCCAGCGGCAAUGACGAGCAAUUCACCAACGGCGACUCCUCCUCAGCCCUCGGCGGACCGCCCAUCGCCGCCGCCCAACCCACGUGGCGGAUCAAAGUAUGGAAUCUCUACAUCACCCUGCUGAGCGCCAUUGUCGACCUGGGGCCCGAAGAAGGCAAGGCAGUAUUCGGACAAAAGGAAUGGAAAGCUAUUUCGUCCCAAGUUCGCGAGGGACAGAUCUGGGAGACCGUCGUGCAGACCGGCUACCAGGGUCUCGAGGGUUCCGUCGACGCGGAAGUUGUAUAUAAUCUCGCCACCCUACUUCUCAGCCAUAUGCCAUCGCAGAAACUCAACCAACAGCGACUUGAAACCUAUCUUUCGUCGUCCGGUCAGCCGAACCUAGAUAUCACCGAGCAGCAUCUGCGCGACCACUCCUCGUCCACCACGUCACUCCAGCGAGCCAAUGGCGGGACGGAUACCCCGAAGGACUUGAACGCACGGGUGCGGAUCAUCGAGUUGUUCACGCUGCAUGUGCUCCCCCGCAACGAGGAAUGGGAUUACGCGCAGGAGUUCAUUAGCCUGAGUGAAGUCCUCGACGAGGAACGGAAAGACGUGUUCUUGCAGACAUUAGAGGGGUUGAAGGAGGAGAAGCAGCAAGGCGAGCUGCGCGCUGCGGCGCUGCAGCGGGAGAAAGACGCGGAGCUCGAAAGACAAGCGCGUGAGGCUGAACGACGGCAGGUGGAAGAGGAUGCCGCCGCCGCCGCCGCCGCUGCUGCUGCUGCUGCCGCGCAGUCGCAGUCAAAGGGCCAUGGCCGGAGCAGCAGCGAGGUGGAUUACGGGAUUGAGAAGACGUAUCCGAACGGCAGUAUCAAGGGUCGAGGGAAGAGCACCGAGAAGCAGGUCAAUGGGAAGACUGGAGCUUCUGCCACCGGCCGCACUGCGUUCUCGCCGUCCGGCUCGAAAAGCAUCAAAAAGACAGACAAGCCCGAUACGCGGGCCAAGCGGUCACAAGCCCUGACGAAUGUGGUCCGCAAUCUGAUGCAGUACAUCCGGAAGAGUAUCGCGGGGAACCCGCUCUCCUUCGCGCGGACGAUGCUCUUCAUGCUGGGGAUCUUGUUCGCGCUGAGCCGACAGGAUAUCCGGGAGCGCAUUCGGAGGAUCACAGGCGCGGCAUGGCAGAAAGUCAGGGGGACGAUAGGGAUGGGGGUGAAAGUGAGCUAUAUCUGAUGACGAAACCAUGGUCUGUGGUUAUUCAAUGUAUAGGGUCGUGAUCGACUUGUCCCCAACCACGUUCUGUUUCCUUAUUCCUGUAAAUUCUUAUUCUAUUGUACGAAUCUAUUAACGAAAUUUGGC